CUUUGUUUAACUAUAGGAAAAGCUUAUUAAUCUAAAAUCUUUCAUCUCGUCUUUCUUUUUACCAAUUACUACAAAAAAAUAACAAUUGGUCUCCAUCAUACUCAAAAUCCUCAACAAACCCCAGGCUGCAUGUCUCGUUUGGGAUCAGCUGCCCAACGUCAUUGGGCCAAGCUUUAUUCGUGUCAAGAAACAGACUGUGGGGAAUAUGGCUAGGCUACAACUAGUCUAGCCACUCCUCAUCUCCUCUGAUAUUUGACUUGUGCAUCUUCUUGACUGCUGAUUUCGACGAUCCCAAGCGCUCAGCAUCGAGCGGGGUUGCUAUAUGACAAUGUAGUCACAUUGCGCCAGCAUUGUCAAUAAUAUUCCAAUUUCCAAUAUGCCUACUUUCCGCGGGAGCUAGUAGACUUUUGCAACCAAAAACCUACCUAAUAUCUACCUAAUAUCUAGGUAGCUACCGGAUCAUCCAUCAUAAGACUUUGUAACAUCAAGCAGUAAGAACCCGGUACGGUACGGUCCGUUAACACAUACACCAUGCGUCCGGAAUUCCGAGGAGAUAAUAGAGGCUCCGGCUUAGCACCGUCCAACAGGAAGGUCAAACUUGGUGUCAAUGCCGGAGUCUUCGUUCCAGUGGUUUCAAAUAUUAUCAGUAUUUUGAUGUUCCUUCGUUUCGGCUCGAUAAUGGGUCGGAUUGGUUUGAUUGGAAUGCUAGGUUUACUUAUCGUAGCUUAUAUCGUCGAUUUCAUCACUACCCUCUCGCUUUCUGCUAUAGCAUCCAACGGGGAGGUUAAGGGUGGCGGUGCUUACUACUUAAUUUCAAGGUCCCUCGGUCCUGAGUUUGGCGGCUCGAUUGGUAUCAUGUUCUAUCUCGCCCAAGCUGUCAACACAUCGCUCAAUAUUGUCGGCCUUAUAGACUGCGUAAAACUGAACCUGGGGACUCUAGUGCCACAUGGCUACUGGGAAAGCUAUGGUAUGCAGACUGCCGCCCUCGUCCUCUGUACAGGUCUGAGUCUCGCGGGGCGUUCUCUCUUUGUGAAAGCAAGCGGCGCUUUAACCAUCAUACUAACUUUGGCCAUUAUAAGCAUCCCAAUUUCGGCUAUCUCGAUGAGUCCGUUCAAAGACGAUGAUAGUGGAAUUGAAUUCACAGGGGUGAGUCUAGACACGAUGCGUUCUAACCUCUUUCCACAUGCCGGCGUCCCCGGAUAUCGAGGAGUUGAGACAUUCAGAGAGCUAUUCGGUAUCCUCUUUAGUGCUACAUCCGGCAUCUUUGCAGGGGCGUCGAUGUCUGGGGACCUUAAGAACCCAAGUAAAGCAAUUCCAAAAGGGACAUUGUGGGCUAUGGCUGCGACAUUUGUCCUUUAUCUUGUCGUUAUCCUGUCGAUGGCUUCCAGUAUUACUCACCCUUCGUUCCUCCGAGAUACGAAUAUUAUAUCUACCACAAGUAUAUGGUCACCAUUGAUUCUUGCCGGAGAGUGUGCAACAACUUUCUUUUCGUCAUUGAUGGGGAUCAUUGGUGGUUCUAAACUCCUCCAGGCCCUUGGUCGAGAUAAACUCCUUCCCGGAUUAUCCAUUUUUGGAAAUGGAAACAAACGCGAUGAUCCUAUACUUGCAAUAUUCGUCACGUAUGUCAUAGCGCAAGUUUCUCUAUUCGCGGACUUGAAUCAAAUUGCAACAUUCAUAUCUAUGAGCUACCAGAUGACAUUCUUCGUCAUGAAUUUAGCAUGUUUCCUGCUAAAGAUAGGGUCAGCUCCCAAUUUCCGGCCUGCAUUCAAAUUCUUCAGCUGGCACACUGCUUUCGUUGGAAGUAUUAUAUCUGCCGCCUCAAUGUUCUUCAUAGAUGAGACUUAUGCGGCCGCUGCCAUCUGUGUUCUCAUCUUUCUCUUUCUAAUUCUUCAUUAUAUGAGUCCGCCAAAACAUUGGGGCGAUGUAUCUCAAAAUUUGAUCUACCAUCAAGUGCGAAAAUACCUCUUACGACUUAAACCCGAACAUAUUAAAUUCUGGAGACCCCAGAUCAUACUCUUAAUAAACGACCCACGGCAUCAUACACAUCUCAUCCAGUUCUGCAACUCUUUGAAGAAAGGGUCUCUGUACAUCCUGGGACACGUUAUAGUGACAGAUGACUUUAGUUCUGGUAUACACGAGGCAAAGUUGCAGCAAUCAGCUUGGACUCGGUAUAUAUCAGAAUUCUCAAGGAUCAAGGCAUUCGUCCAGUUAACAAUGUCGCCAUCCAUAGUCUGGGGAGUGCGAAAUCUCAUACUCUCUGCAGGCUUAGGCGGCAUGAGACCUAACAUAGCCAUCCUAGGCUUUUACAACAUGGAUGAGUUACGCAAGUCGCGACCGCUUGGACGGAUGCCAGAAGUUCCUAGCACGCCUACCCGAAUUCAAACCGAAACAAAGGCUGAAGGUAAAUCGACAAGACGCCAGCGCGGGGACACAUCUGCCCGUCUACUCGAUGGGUUCCUCCCAACGGACGCCAUACGCACAGAGGCUAUGAUGUCUGUCGAGAGCUAUUUGACAAUUCUUGAAGAUCUUGCGCUCCGCCAUCGUCUGAAUGUCGCUAUUGGAAAGGGGUUUCAAACCUUGGAAACCCCGCGCGGCGAUGGUAAUAAUGCUAAAAGGUAUAUAGACCUUUGGCCAAUUCAGAUGUCGGCUGAAAUCACCGAUGGCGACAAAAGUAUCUGGACGACAAAUUUUGAUACAUACACCUUGAUACUACAACUUGGCUAUAUUCUACGGAGUGUUCCAGCCUGGAAGAAGGCGUUUCAGCUUCGAGUCUUGGUAUUCGUUGAGUACGAGAGCGAAGUUAAAGAAGAACAGACUAGACUAAAGGCACUGCUGGAAAAGCUACGAAUUGACGCUACGAUUCGAGUAUUCUGGCUUGCUUCGGGACAGUUACAGAGCUACGAAAGUAUUGUCAACGGCCGAGGGAUUGGCUCCGGGUAUGGACGUGUUGUAGACGAGUUGCUAAAGGACGACGAAUGGUGGCAAGAGCUUCAAAGGUUGAGAACCGAAGCUCACGAAAUGUCUCGGUCUCAAGAAAUUGCAUCCCUAGAACAAAUGUUGAAUGCCACUAAACGCAGAGGCAGUUCAGUGUCCAAGUCUGACGGCUACCAUAGUCUACCGAGGGGGCUAGAUGUUAACGAGAUCCUAGAAAGAUCUAAGAAGCCAAGCGUUUCUGCUAUAUCGAAAUUGGGUGUCAACUUCGGCAUCCAUACUCACCGGCUGAGCUCUUCGGGAUUUGGCGUUCGAACAGAUACGAAUACACCCGACUUUAGCGACGACGACGGCGAAUCUAUUGCGUCAUCGGACACUGAAUUCAACGAUGUCAGUGGCACUGCAACUAUUGCUGAUAUGGGAGAGAUAUCGUCGUCGCGAAGGCCUAGUUUCUUGGCCUUUGGAGGACGGAGGAGAAGCUAUGGAGAUAUUUUGCAAAGGGCGAUGCCAUCAAGAAGCCCAGAGCAAAUCCAAGGCCAGUAUUUGGGAGGACCGGAUGCAGCCAUUUCGUCAGGGUAUGGUACGAUGACUCCUAUGACAGGGGCGACUUUAACGCCAGUCCUACCCAAGACUGAGCGAAUGCAGAGCUUGACCAGUCGCUCCGGUACCGCAGCAUUGCCAACAGAAACAUCCCCUAUUGUACCGAAAGCACCGACUAGGCCUACUCUGUCGCGUAAUUCAUCAGCAAGCCGAUUUACCAGUAACCCGACACCAGAAACGACUGUUUUGGUCAACGAUUCUUCAGGAUCGAGAAUUACGUUCUUAGAUGCAGAGCAGCCGGUGCCGACCAGAGUCAGGCGUCCUAUAUUAUCACGAAACGCCUCUGCCGGUCCUUUCUCUAGCCGACCCGUCCCAGAGACCAAGAUUGAGGCUGAAGACGACCAUGUUCCUCGCCUUACAUUUGCGGAACCUGAGUAUAGCGCUUUCGAGCCACCAUUGAGAUCCAGAAGAAACUCGGCAUCCCGUAGUGGGGGACUUUCGGAUGCAGCAUUCAAUAUACCAGAGUUGCUAGCAUCUCACCGUUCGACUGGCUUAUCUGACGACGAGUCUCACUCAUCUUACUCAACGCAGAGUCUACCCCUUUCCUUCAACGAUCUACCUAGUAGGGCCCAACACCUAAUCCUUAACGAACUGAUGCGUCAACAUAGCAGCGAUACGGCGGUGCUGUUCACAACUCUUCCGAUUCCGGAGGAGGGGACGUGUAAAAGCGAGGAGGCCAGUCUCAGAUAUUUGACUGAUAUUGAGGUGCUGUGUCACGAGCUGCCACCAGUUUUACUAGUUUUGAGCAAUAAUAUGACAGUGACAGUCAGUCUGUAACAUAGCAUAAUCUAGAGAAGACUCAGUUUGGGGCCUUGGUAAUAAUAGGAGGUCAUCACCUAAGUAUCUAUUUAGAAAAGUAUCCCGAGAGUAAUUUUGCGUCAAUAUUUGCAGUAGGCUUCUCACCGACCCUGUUUCAUAUACCCGAGGCUAGAUUUCCAGCUAAUAGAUUCGCCCACUCGCUGC